CACUUGCAGACCCGGAAGCGGUUACUGCGAAACAACGGACGCGCUCGGGCGAGUGGGUGUCGGUUUUUCUGGUGACUACGCUGUGCGGGCUUCAGGCCACGCUUCCCCACGCGAGGGUUUCGGGGGUCUCCCGACUAAUCUUACCUGAGCAAGAAACUCAGAGGAGGAGGAAAGAAGAAGGAAUGGAGUUUUCACAGAUCCCACCUCACUGUGACCCAGUGGCAUGGAAUUGGGGAAGAGUCCCCUUUAGGGGAUCAUCCUGUGAAGGGAGGGCUUCCACUCCCGACGUCAAACGUUACUGCAGACUCGGGGGACUGUUUACACUCAAGGAUGUAGCCAUCGAGUUCUCCCAGGAGGAGUGGGAGUGCCUGGUCCCUGCCCAGAGGGCCUUGUACAGGGACGUGAUGUUGGAGACCUGCAGGAACCUGCUGUCCCUGGGUGAGGAGAACUUCCCUCCGGAAGUCGGAAGCCAUUCUGCUGGAUUGGCAAUCAAGGAAUUAUUACCAAAAGAAGACAUUCAUAAAGGAGAAUUAUACCAUCUAGUGAUACUGGAAAGAAAGGAAAGCCGUAGCAUCAAGGAUUCUGACCUCAAAGAAAUCUGGGAAAAUAUGCAUGAGUGUGAGCGCACAUGGCGAUGUGAUGCAAGAAAUUACAAAGCAACGCCUUUGACCCACAGCCAAACUCUCACUCACAGAGAAGAUCAGGACGACAAAUCCUCCAUCAGCUUUCCUCAGUGUGUUUCUGUAAAAAGUAAUACGUGUGAAUAUCUCAUGCAUGAUAAGCCAUUCAUAAGAAACUUGCUAAAAAUGAAACAUAGCAUAAGCAUGGCGGGAAACACAUAUAGGAAUUGUUUGGAAAGUAGAACCGGAGUAAGUUUGCAGGCCCACGUGGCUGCCCUGCAGGGACUCCCGACUGAGGAGACAAUGUACGAAUACAGUCAAGGUGAGAAGUCAAUCAACGGUGGUUCCUCAGUUUCACCACUUAAAAGAAAUCCUCGUAAUAUGAAAAACAUCUUGUUACCUGCACCAGACAGGAGAACACACACUAGAGAUAAAUCUUACAACUGCAGUGACUGUGGGAAGGCUUUUUGCAAAAGAUCAAACCUUACAAAUCACGAGAGACUUCAUUCUGCACAGAGGCCCUACAGAUGUAAUGAGUGUGGUAACGCCUUCAACCAGUGUUCACACCUCACUACACACCAGAGCGCACACCCAGAAGAGAAAUCAUACAAAUGUGAUGUAUGUGGCAAGGUCUUUAGUCGAAACUCACACCUUGCAAAUCAUCAGAGAAUGCACACUGGAGAGAAGCCUUACAAAUGUGACGAGUGUGGCAAAGCUUUUACCCAGUUUUCACACCUGACUAGACAUCAGAAAAUGCAUGCUGGAGAGAAACCACACAAAUGUAACGAAUGUGGCAAGCACUUUACCCAACGUUCAAACCUCCUGGUACACCGCAGAAUUCACACGGGAGAAAAACCCUAUGCGUGUAAUAAAUGCGGUAAGGCUUUCACUGAGCGGUCGCAACUCUGGGGUCACGAGAGAACUCACACUGGAGAGAAACCUUACAAAUGCGAUGAGUGUGGCAAAGCCCUUACAAGACAUUCAUAUCUUACUCAACAUAAAACAAUCCAUACUGGAGAGAAACCUUACAAAUGUCGUGAGUGUGGCAAAGCUUACACCCAGUUUGCAAGCCUUACUAGGCACCUGAAAGCACACACUGAGAGGGAACACAAGCCCCAUGUAUGUGGCAGCGCUUUUACUCAGAGCUCAAGGUAUAGGGCGCAUCAGAUAUUCCCUAGUAGAAACAAACCUUAAAAAGAAAAUGAUUCAGACAAAAUUUAUAUGUAUAUUCAAGUCUUAACCUGCGGGGCUCCAUGAGGGAGAAAAGACAUGGCCAGAAGACACGUGAAAAGCUCAGCACCGCUGAUCAGGGAAGUGCAGGUCAAAGCCCCAGUGAGACAUCACCUCACACCUGUUCACAUAGCUGUGGUCAGAACAAGACUCAGCAAGGAUGCGGACAGAAGGGAGCCCUGGGCACAGUUGCUGGGGUUGUAAAUUGGUGCAACAACUAUGGAAAACAUGGAAGUUCCUCAAAAAUUAAACAGCCUGUCAUGUGGGCCAAGUAUUGUACUUCUGGCUGUUUACUGGAAAACAAAAACACUAAUUUGAGAAGAUACAGGCACUUGAAUAUUCUCUGCAGCAUUAUUUCCAGUAGGCAAGAAAUGGAAGCAGCUGAAGUGUCCGUCGGUAGAUGAAUGGUUAGAAGAAAUGGGAUAUAUAUGUAUUACAUGUAUACACACAAAAUGGAAUAUUGCUCAGCUUAAAGAUGUCUAGCCACUUGCAACAACAUGGAUGGAGACGAUAUUCUGCUAAGUGAAGUCAGUCAGACUAGAAAGACAAAUACCAAACGAUCUCGCUCACAAGUGGAAUCUAAGAAACAAAAGAAUGAAAACGUUCAUAGAUACGAAGGGCAAGCGGGUGGUGGCUGCCAGAAGGGACGGCAGUGCGGUGGCAGGUGAAGCAGCUGAAAGGGGCUAAGAAGUACAAGUCUCUAGGUAUACAAUAGAUGCGCUGUGUGUUACACCCCCAUGGCGUAAGCUGUGUGUUCAAAACUAUGUUAACUUUGAGGACAGAUUUUUGAGACAAAUGUUACCUUGUGUAGUACAGCCAAAAGUAAUGAUGGUGAACACCAACCAAUUAUAUUAAAAAAAAAAAAAAAAAGACUCCAUUGGAGAGAUAAACCACAUAAAAUUAAUGUAUGUGGAAUAGUCUGUAACCAGGGCUCAUGCUUUAAGUGAUGUCAGAAUAUACAUCUUUGAGAACAACCAAACCAAUGUAAUGUAUGGCAAAGUUUAUCCAAAGUUUAAGCCUCAUGGAAUGUAAUUCUUACUAGAGAGACCAUACAAAGAGUGAUGAGCUUUAUCAAAAUCAUCUCUGAGGUUAUGAAAGAGUUCAUAUCAGAUAGAAACCAUACAAUGUGUCCAGGCUUUUAAGCAGUGACCUUGGGAUACACCACAAAGAAGUCACAGUGGACAGAAACAUUACACAUGUAAUGCAGGUGCAUAAACUGUUCAGUGGAUCCUCUCAAUGGACUCCACAUAAGGAAAUUCAUACUGCUGGGAAGCAAGCCUCUUGCUUUUGAAGGCUGACUAACCUCACAUACUAAAUUCCACAGAGAAUUACAACUUAAAACUCAUGUCUGUCAAUGGAGGGACAGCUGUUCAAAGAUCUAAUUAUCUGCAGUUUGUAAAAUGUUUUAUUCAAUUAUUUGAGGUUUCUUGAAAAGGCUAUGUUGUUACUAAUGAUAUAUCACCUGAAGUUUGAAGCCUGUUAAUGUCACUCUUUCGUGGUACUGUCACCGCCACGAUAAGUGAAAGGCAGAACAGUCAUUGCAGACAGUGUGCUCGCAUCUGCAGCCUGGACUGUGGGAGGUUAGGCUGGGUAAGGACAGAAAGAAAGGGUCACUGAAAGUGUACCAGUCAGCUUUCUAGAAGGCUUGCUGUCGUGACAACCCUGAAGCCUCACUGGCUUACAGUGGCAUUUUAUUUCUUCCUCAUAUCCGUCAUUACUCACCUCUUGCUUGGUUCUAUAAUUUAGUUUAUCUAAGACCAUCUUGAAGCAGAAGAGAGGGUCAGAUGAAGCAAGCAAAGAGUUGGAAAGCUGCCACUGAAGAGUUGAAACGUCAUUCUACACACCCCAGACUGGCCAAGGAGCUCACAAAGCCUCACCUGCCCUAAGACAGUCUUGUCAAGGGGAAGGAAGGGUUGCCUGAGUGGCCAGCCUGAGACCCAAGGGCAGACAUGUAUCAUUUCAGAGCAGCUGGUACUCAGUUGGAGAUAAUAUUACUAGAUGUGUUAGUGCAGCUUCUAUCAAAAUGUCCGUCCUUUGCACAAAACAUGUUUAUCCUUGACCCAAAGGAAAGAAAAAAAAAGUUUUACCCAAACAUGAGGUUCCUCUUGAUUCAGAGUCUUGUGUGACAUCCUCCUUGCUCGUAACACAUCCUGGACCAGAGAAAGAGGACGUCAGUAAGCCCCCCCAUUCAGAGAGGGAGGGGCAGGCCCGCAGCGGUCUUGGUCUACAGCAGACGUGCAGUUUUCCUGAGCAGGUGUCGUCAGGUCCUCAUUCCAUGGGGCCUGGAGUGGGGACUGAUCUUUUUUUGGCUUCAUCUUUUCCUCUGAGAACGGAUAAUCCAGUAUUUUGUGUCUCACUGUCCUUCACUUAACCUAGUUACAGCUAAUAAAGUAUAAUCACCUAACGGGUUACUUCAAAAGGCAUUAGGGCCAUGUCCUUCACUUAGGCUGUGCCAUGAAUUUAGACUUAACUUCCCUGUGACCCUCAAAAUGUUCCUUAAUGGUAAGUUUUGUCAGUGGGACACGAGACACAGUUACAACCAUUAAUUCUGCUUGUUAUUUAUGAUGUGAAGUCUAGGUUGUAAUGUGUAAAAGCAGCUGAAAACCAAA